AUGCAAAUCCCCUCCCUCCUCGCAUACUUCCGUGCCGCUAUUGUUUUGACCUUGCUCCCUUCGACAGCGACGAGCUUCCCGCACCAGGAACCUAGGCCUUUCCACUGGCUCGAGGCUCGCGAUUCGGAGCAGCUACCAACACGACAAGCUCCGCUCCCCUCUCUCGUCAUCGAUACAUUCCAAGACUCGCUACACAACGACCUGGGAUUUUGGCAUGGCGCCGGCGAGAAUUUGACGGUACACCAUGAGCCCGGUUUCAUGCGCCUCUCCCCCAACGACCCCGAUCAGAACUUCCAUACACAGUUCGAUACACGCGGGUGCUUCAGUCUUCUUCCUUGGAAGAAUCAGUUCCUGCACGUCGUCUUUGACGGUACGGAUCAGUUUACUGUCUCGCUGAACGAACAUAAUGCCGAGUGUUUUCCGUCUCGCAGUCCGUUUCCCGGUGUGCCAGACAGUAUACAGGCAUCUCGAUACGUGAUGAGGACCAAGCCCGAAUGGUUUGACGCGGAUGAGUCGGAAAUGGAUGAGUCGGAAAUGGAUGAGUCGGAAGAGAGAAGGCCCCGAGCGCGCUCGCUUCAGUUCAAGAGACCUUCGUCGAUGGGAUCUUGCGGAGACGACGAUGAUGACCAGGCUCCUGCGUCACCGACACGGACAGAACUCUUCAUCCCUCUGUCUCACUUUCACAUUAAUCACGGGCGGGUUGUCUCUGUGUCUUUCACAGGCUUCUACACCAACGAGUCCAUCACCCUCCGUCGCGUCGAAAUCGUCCCCUCCACCCCGCCGCCAACUUCAAAGAACAACCACUUCAAGAUCCCCGAGAAGCUUCCGAGCGGCCACAUGAUCCUUCGCUGCAGUGUACCAAAUUCUUUCGCAUUCGGGAUCGAUGAUGGGCAGCCGCAAUAUGCGCAGGAGGUGAUGAAAAUUCUGGACGAAGAGGAUGUCCGGGUGACGUUCUUCGUCGUCGGGGCCGGCCUUCGAGACCAAACAACCAAUUUCACACACUUCUACCGGGAGAUGUUGAAGAAGGGCCACCAGGUUGCAUUGCAUUCAAACACCCACCCAAAAAUGGAAGCUCUCCCAACAACCGAGAAGAUCGACGAAGAAAUCAUGCAGACAAUUCGCGUCUUCCAAGACCGCCUAGACCUAACCUCCCGCUACUUCAGACCCCCCUUCGGAACCGUCGGUGCCCGCAUGCGCCAGCGACUGGCUAAACACAUCGAGAGCCCGUUUAUUGUCAACUGGAGCGUCGACGUGGAAGACUGGCUAUGGGCGAAUACGUCAACCCCGGAAAAGCAACUUGAUGCAUUUUACCGGGGGGUUGCGCGGGGCGGCAACUUGGCUGUCAUGCAUUUUCUGAAUCCGACGACGGUUGCGUAUCUCCGGCGGUUUAUCCGGCAUGUUAAGUCUGUUGGGUUCAAGAUUAUGCGCAUUGAUCAGUGUUUGGGGGAUCCGUUUAGUCCAGCGUUGUGA